AGUAAACAAUUCCAUAAUUUCAAAAUGGCCGAAGUUGCGGCAGUACCGGCGCCGGGAGCUGCACCGGCAGAAGACGAUGAAACAUGGCUUUAUGGUGAUGAAAACAAAGAACAGAAAGAUCCUGAGAAGGAUGGCCAGAAGAAGAAAAAGAAAAGUGAUGGAGAUGGGUCCGAGAAACCAGAAGACAAGGAAGAAGGGGAGAUGAGUGGUGAGGAAGAAGCACAGGCAAAGAAUGAUGACGACGAUUCCGAUGAUGAUGACAAUGUCCAAGUCACCAUCGGCGACAUCAAACAGUGGACCGUCACAGAAACUCCCCGGAACCUGUUUAAGAGUGGCAGCGGCUACCAAAAGCCUGGAGCAGGAGUGGCAGGAGCACAGAAGACGGUGGUGCCGGGGAAAGGGAUGGAUCUGGAAGCCCAGGGCACAGUCAAUGGAGUUCCAACGUUUGAGUUUGAUAUUGACAGUCUCUCAGCUGAAGACAAACCCUGGAGAAACCCUGGUGCUGACAUAACUGACUACUUCAACUACGGCUUCAAUGAGGAUACCUGGCAGCAGUACUGCGAGAAACAGCGACGACUACGUCUGGAGAACGGCGUGCCCCUCCUCGGCAACAAGUCACAGUCCAGGGACAGCCACUCCCACCACUCUCACCUUGGCUCUGGUCAACCCAUCAGUCGCCUCGGGGACAAGGACUCGGGACAGACUGGAUCCAGCAUACCUACAACAAGUUCACUAAGAAAAGCUCAGCCGCCCCCAAACAGAAAAAUGGGAGGUACCAUUGACGUGAUUGGUAGCACAGUCCACGAUUCCCGACGCCCAGGUCAAGGACCCACACCCAGCUCCAUACCUGUCACAGGGGUCACUCCAGACUAUCGCAAGUUCCAGCCCCCAUCAGUACCUCCACCGGGGAUGCCACCAAUGAUGCCCGACUACUCCAUGCCCCCACCCGGGAUGCCCCCACCCCUGGGGCUGCCCCCACCAGGCGUGCCCCCUCCGCCAGGUGUCGCUGUACCUCUCCCGACACCCUAUGGGUCCGAGCAGUAUGAUCCCUUCAGCCACCCCCCUCCGGGCUUCAACUAUGAGAGCAACACCUUCACUCCAAGUUACACUGAAGGACAUCACCAGAACUUCCAAAGCUAUGAUGACCGAUGGAAGUACAAUUCUGACCGACAUGCACGAGACCGGAGCCCAGAACCAGAGUUCGGAAGGGAAAAUUAUUGGCGAGACCGUGAGCGAGACCGAGACCGAGAGAGAGACCGUGGCGACAGAGAACGGGAACGAGAGUCUUAUCGUGAAAGAGAUAGGGGUAGGGAGCGGGAGCGGGACCGAGAUAGAGACAAGAGGAGGUCAAGGUCAACUGAUAGAGAUGAUUCUCGUCAUAGAGACGAUAAGCACAGAACACGAAGGAAGCACCGAGAUGACGAGGAUGACCACCAUCGAUCCAAACACAGGAAGAGCAAGAAGCGAAGAGACAAAGAUGAGGAAGGCGGAGACUCCGUGACUACAGCCGAUGAAGGGGAUAAAGGGGAAUGAACUCCUGUCACAUCAACAUGAGGGGAGGGAAAGGGGGAGAUUGUCACAACAGCCAAUGAGGGAGAUUAAGGGGAGCAAACUCACAUGGGAAGGGAAGGGAAGGGAAGGGAGUUAACUCUUGUUAGGGAAGAAGUGGAUCAUGUACAUUUAAUGUGUAACUGCCGUGAUAUGGCCUUGGUCAGUGGACAUUCACUGUCUAACUUGAGCAAGAGCAUAUAAUUUUCUCAUUUCAACAACUGCUAACAAUUUGUAUUAAACUUGUACUAAUGCCAUCAGAACGUUGUGCAGUUUGUAACAUCAUCAGAUAUCACUACUGGUUAUUACAUUACCAAUAAAACAGUACCAGUUAUCAUCAUCAUGUCAAAAGGAAAUUACAAUAAACAAUGAAAACUUGA